AUGGCACAGGGAGCAGCAGCGGCGCGACUGGAGGCUCUAGAGAGUGACUAUACCGGGGUGGAUGCUGCUGUGGAUGAGGAUGAUGACGUGUUCAAUGCAGAGGAGGAACUGGUGCAAGAAGGCUUCGCACCAGCCAAGCGAGUGAGCCGUCCGGGCAAGAGGCGCACGAGACAGGCUGCUGCUGCCGUGGUGAGCAGAGCGAGCAAGCGAACUCCCAAGACGUUUGCAGAGCUGCUAGAAGAGGCACGCCCUCCUUACCUCACAGCAGCAGUGGAGCCCGGCUGCUGCCUCUGUGUAUUGUUUGUGUGCUCACCCCUGCCAUGCUUCUCCCUCGCUUCCAUGCCCCCUCCUCACUCCCCACAGGCGAAUCUAGAGACCCUGCCACCAGGCACGCCCUCCUACCUCACAGCAGCAGUGGGCCCUCCAACAGCCGCCUCAGUGCGCCGCUUCUGCUCUGCCUCUAUCAUGGGCGCGCUUCGUCAUCGCUUUCUGCUCGCGCUCGUCCUCGUGGCGUCUCUAAACUUCCUCGCGGUUUUCGCGGCGCAGCCUCCGCCGGAUGGGUACUACGGCGCGAGUGAGCCGGCGCUGGAAGAAGCAUACGACCAGCGCGCGCUCCUGGAGGCCGAAAGCGAUGCCUCGCUUGACUCCGUUGACUCGGUUGACUUGGAGGACUCGCGGGUGCUUCUCUCGAUGGGGGAUGCAGCGGCGGACUUGAAGCAGACGUCGGACGACCUCAGCGGCAGCGUGAAGAAAGCUGUCGGGCAGGCGGGGAGGAACGUGCGCAACUCGAUCGGCUCCAUGGUCGGAGUCCCGCCCAACAAGGGCACGAAGAAGCACCACCGCCGCGGCGGGAAGAAAACUGGGCGCCGCGGCGGGAAGAAAACUGGGCGCCGCGGCGGAAAGAAAACUGGGCUGGCGGGAGCUCGUAAGCGCAAAUCGGGCGCGGCAGCCCCCAAGACGUCCGCUGCGGGGGUUCCGAAGAAGCAGGGGGCGGGAGGUAAGCUCAACUCCGGCGCAACCCCCAAGAAGCCCGCUGCUGCCGCUGCUGGCGCGACGGGGGCUCCUAAGAAGCAGGAGGCGGGAGCUAAGGACACCUCGGGCGCAGCACCCGAGUCCCCCGCUGCUCCCGCUGCUGCAAACGAGCCGCGCGCGCUCCUCGAGGCGGCCGACAGUGAUGCCGUGAUUGACUCCGUUGACUCGGUUGACUUCGACUCCGUUGACUUGGAGGAUUCGCGGGUGCUUCUCUCGAUGGGGGAUGCAGCGGCGGACUUGAAGCAGACGUCGGACGACCUCAGCGGCAGCGUGAAGAAAGCUGUCGGGCAGGCGGGGAGGAACGUGCGCAACUCGAUCGGCUCCAUGGUCGGAGUCCCGCCCAAGAAGGGCAAGAAGAAGCACCACCGCCGCGGAGGGAAGAAAGCUGGGCGCCGCGGCGGGAAGAAAACUGGCCCCGCGGGAGCUCGUAAGCGCAACUCGGGCGUAGCAGCCCUGAAGACGGCCGCCGCUCCCGGCGCUGCUGGCGGGAAGGCGGUUUCGAAGAAUCAGGCGGGAGGUAAGCUCAACUCUGGCGCGCAUGCGCUGGGAGCAAAGGGCACCUCGGGCACAGCCCCCAAGCCCACCGCUGCCAGCAGUGCUGCGAGCAGUGCUGCCAGCAGUGCUGCACCCAGCAUUUGA